AUGGAAUACAAUCAGUAUGACAAUAUUUUUGUAUCCAUAUACGCUUGGAAGUACCGACUCCUUUACAAAGGCUUGGCCAACAGAAUCGGACUACCUCGCAAGCAUAUAUUUGAUGCGAUGGAGGCUAGUGUUAAAAGAAUGGGCACGUAUAUAGAUGUCUUACAGAUACAUCGGCUUGACCGCGACACACCCCGUGAGGAGAUCAUGAGAGCACUCAAAGAUGUCGUUGAGAGCGGAAAAGUACGCUACAUUGGCACAAGUUCUUCCCGAAGACACUGCGAUCCCUGUAUCAUGACCUUAAUUGGCAUAGGUCUGUGGAGCGGCCCCUCCUACCGAGUGCAACCUCAAUACAGCUUGGAUAUUCCGUGA